AGAAUCUUGAGAAAAUGUCAGCGUCACAAAUAGAUUCUUUUGUUUCGAUUCAAUAAGGAAUGAGUUGGUGAUCUGACGUGUCAUUAUUAUAAAAUGAUAUCUCCGUCAUUUUUUAGUUUAAUAGUGUAGUCGUGCGUAAUACACGAGUUGUGUGUUUAAACACGGGUUAAGUUUAAAUGUUUUACUUAGGGCUCGUUUGGUUUCCUUGAUAGCCAUAGAUAGUCAUUUGUAUCCACCCUCUAUUCCAUGUUUGGUUGGCAUGAUAGCAAUCACUCUGACCCGCAUCUUCAAUCUAACGACCCGGCUCGGAUUGAGUUAUGGAUCUCCAAAAAACCGAUAACUCCAUCGGUGCUUCGACGUGCGAUUGUACGCAAUCAACAAAGUGAAGAUUUCAAAUUUUGCAUCAAUUGACUCCAAUACCCCUUCAUUUACUCCAUCUCCAUCUACCUCUUCCACAUUUGAGCAACAAUUUCCAGAGGUCGCCGAAAUCGGUGAGAGGCUGUAAGUGAAGAGUUCACGGUUGCAAGUGAGGGUUCGGGCUACAUCGGACGACGAAGAGCCAUGGCCGACCAAGACGUUGUUCAGAAGAUUGCAAGAACAGAACCAACAGAGCUAUUGAUCUUACUUGAGGAAAUACUGAGAAAUCAUCGGAUGAACAUGCUUCUAAUCACCAUGUUUAUCAAUUUGGCCAGAUCCAAAUCACAAAAAAGGAAACGGAGGGUGGGGGGAUUAAUUACCGAGGCUAUGAUUGAAGCCAUUCCCGCACAUGUAAAGCAGGUGGAUAGGCUUGUCCGGGUUUCUGAUCGUUCCUGCGUGGACAAUUUGCGUAUGGAUAGAAACACUUUCGGUAGAUUGUGUCGCAUUCUACGGGACCGGGUAGGAUUAUUCGACCAAAAAUUUGUCACCGUUGAGGAACAAGUUGCUAUGUUUUUGUCCAUUUUGUCCCACCACAAAAAGACACGGGUUGUAGGACACGAUUUCAUGCGUUCUUCUGAAACAGUUUCUAAGUACACUCAUGUUGUGCUACGUGGGGUGCUUACUUUGCAUGACAUUUUUUUGGUUAAACCGGAACCGGUUGGGGAUGACUGCACGGACUCACGAUGGAAGUGUUUUAAGGGUUGUCUAGGAGCUUUAGAUGGAACAUACAUACACGUGCGCGUGCCCAUAGCUGACGCACCACGUUAUCGUAACAGGAAGGGGCAAAUAUCAACAAAUACACUUGCAGUGUGUGAUCGCUACCUUCGGUUCGUUUACGUGCUGCCAGGAUGGGAAGGUUCAGCUGGUGAUUCCCGAAUAUUACGCGAUGCCAUUAGCCGGCCCCUCGGGCUUAAAAUACCUAAAGAUUGCUAUUACCUCUGCGACAAUGCAUACGCCAACAGUGAGGGAUUCAUCACACCGUACAAAGGCGUCCGGUACCAUUUGAAGGAGUGGGGUAAUGGCGCUCAGGCACCUCAAUCGCCCGAGGAAUUGUUCAACUUGAUGCACUCUAAAGCUCGGAAUGUUAUUGAGCGCUCAUUUGCAGUACUGAAGAUGCGUUGGGGAAUACUCCGCAGUCCAAGCUUCUAUCCUAUUGAUGUCCAAACUGGAUUGAUCAUUGCCUGUUUCUUGCUCCACAAUUUCAUCCGCACGCAGAUGGAGGUGGAUCCGUAUGAUGCAUUGGUUGGAGAACAUUAUGAAGAUGGGUAUGGAAGUGAUAGCGAUGAUCCUGUUGUUCCCACUAUAAGUUCGGUCGCACCAACACCGGCGUGGAUGAAGAAACGGGACGACUUUGCUUCUACAAUAUGGAAUGAUAGGACAAACAUGUGA